AUGUUCUUGAAUACAAGUAUUCUCUGUCAGAAUGCUCCAGUCUUUAUUUUAUUUCUCUUUCUCCUCGUCUGUUGUCAUCCCUUUCUGUUUCACCUCCCUUCCUCAUCUUCCAACCACUCAACAGACUACCGCGACAGUAUGGCUCUCAUCCAGUUCUCCAAGUCACCUCUAACAUACUCAACAGCACGAUUAAGUGCAGACCUUAAUAUGCCGUCUCACAAGGCGGAGAAUCGCAAGGUUCACUCGAUGUAUCCAGAUCACCAUUCCUCUGUCGUCGAGCUUCUCAAGCCCUUUGGCAUCGAAAUGGAGUUUCACCCCGUCGACACCAAUGAAACUCCCUGCGGAAACCGCAUGCUCAUGAAACAUACCAACAUCAUGGGCGUUUUUUCCUGUUAUAACAAAUCCUGCUCUUCCCACGGCUGGGCCAGCAAGAUGGUUGCAGCCACUAUCCGCAUGUAUUGCAGGGCCGGGAAGGGCGUAAUCAAGCAUAGGAAAGGUGAAGGGGGAGCUGACAAGCCGGGCCUCUACAAUGUCCGCGUUUACCACCAGCGCUGCAAGAAAUGCAACUUUCUCAGCAGCCCGAAGCUGGACGAGACCUAUGCGGAACGCGUUGCGUAUUAUCUAAAAAUGUGGCAUGGGGUUACGGUUGAGCGGCCCGUUUACGUUAGGAAGAGCAAGGCGCCACAUGCUAGGCAAUUUUGUGAAGGGUGCAAGGCAGGCGUUUGCCGGUACUCGACGAGUCUGGAUGGUGUCUCCGAUUGA